AGAAAGUGGGGAGUGUUGUUAUUAUUUUUUCAAUGAUUACAACUGUAGACGUAAAUGGUAAUGUUACACAUAUUGCAGAAAAAACCUUGGUAAUUGGUGAUUUUUUAUGAACAAUGGGUAACCAGCUUACCGGAAUCGCACCAUCACAGAUUCAGUCAGUAGAACAGUACCUGCUUGAUGUCCCAGACUACACAUUUGAAACCAGUUUGGGUAGCACACGGUUUUUCAAGGUUGCUCGAGCAAGGAAUAAGGAAGGACUUUCAGUAGUGAAGGUUUUCGUCAUUCACGAUCCAUCGUUACCUCUUCUAACUCACAAAACAAAACUUGACGAAAUUUCUCAACGUCUGAAAGGAACUUCCAACUGCUUACCUUUUCAGAAAUCUCUUUACUUUGACCGGGCAGCCCUUUUGUUUCGUCAAUAUGUGAAAGACAGUUUGUACGACAGAAUCAGCACUCGGCCAUUCCUCAAUGCAGUCGAGAAGAAGUGGAUUGCUUUUCAACUUCUGUGUGCCCUGAACCAGUGCCACAAGGUCAAGGUGUGUCACGGAGAUAUCAAGUCCGAGAAUGUUAUGAUAACUGGAUGGAACUGGGUUCUACUCACAGAUUUUGCCAGCUUCAAACCCACAUAUCUUCCGGAGGAUAACCCGUCAGAUUUCUCGUAUUUCUUCGACACAUCUCGACGGCGGACGUGUUACAUCGCUCCAGAACGGUUUGUCGAGGGCGGGUGGAGGAACUCAGAUGCUGGGAACCAGAUGGCAAACAUUGACCUGACCUCCAGUGAGAUCAUGACAGGAGAUCUCACACCGGCCAUGGAUAUCUUCUCAGCUGGAUGUGUGAUCACUGAACUGUUUACGGAAGGUACUGCCCCAUUUGAUCUCUCUCAGCUACUUGGCUAUCGCAGUGGAGAAUACAGUCCAUGGAAAGUCCUUGAGAAAAUAGAAGAUACAAGUAUCAGGGAACUUGUUCGCCACAUGAUGCAGAAGGAUCCCAACCACCGACUGUCGGCCGAGGAGUACCUGAUAAAACAACGAGGCAAAGCGUUCCCCGAGUUUUUCUACACGUUUCUCAAACUCUAUCUUCAGCAGUUCGUGCUGACGCCGAUAAAACCACCCGAUGAUCGCAUUGCUCACAUAAAACAUGAACUUGUACAGAUUUUAAAGCACUUGAAGAUCGACGAUAACAACGUGGAUGAGAAUGCCAGCCUCGUUCUCAUCAUAUCAAUUGUCGGAUCAAGCUCUAGGAAUAUACACUUCUGCAAUGCUCGUCUCGACACGUUGGAUCUACUUCUUGAACUUUCGUUGCACGUCAGUACUGACAUUAUUCUUGACCGAAUUGUACCAUACAUGCUGCAUUUUGCACACGAUCCGUUUCCCCAUGUUAGAGCUGGUAUGCUUCAAACAAUAACUCAGUGUCUGUCUAAAGUGAAAAGUGUCCCACGCAGUGAUUCUAAUGUGUUUCCUGAAUAUAUAUUCCCGAGUUUGACACAUCUGGUUCAGGAUCCGGUUGCUCUGGUGCGAGCAGCGUAUGCUCAGAACAUAGCACAGCUAGCGGAAACUGCUCUCAGAGUUCUGGAAAUGACUCAGCUACAGGAGAUGACUGAAAUGAGUUCACAGGACGACACAAGGGAAGCUUCGCAGUAUGAGCUUGAAUCAAGCUAUGACAUGGAGUUACAGUCCUUGCAAGAAACGAUUCAGCAGAAGGUCGUGACCUUGCUUAGUGACCUUGACAACACAGUGAAGCAAACUCUUCUCGAAAACGGAAUAACUCGUCUUUGUGUCUUCUUUGGCAGACAGAAAGCUAACGAUGUUCUCCUCUCUCACAUGAUCACAUUUUUAAAUGACAAGUACGACUGGCAUAUACGAGCUUCGUUCUUCGACAACAUAGUGGGCGUGGCUGCAUACGUCGGCUGGCAGAGUUCGUCCAUCCUGAAGCCGCUCAUUGAGCAGGGUCUGAGCGACAGCAACGAAUUUGUGGUUCACAAGGCGAUCGGGGCACUCGCGUCUCUUGCAGAGCUCGGGUUGAUGCAGAAACCCAUGCUGCAGGAGUUUGUGCAAGAAGUCGUGCCAUUUUUAGCUCAUCCGGGUGUUUGGAUACGACAGAGUGCUGUGGGAUUUGUUGCUGUGGUAGCGAAGACUCUCAAUAUUGCCGAUAUCCACUGCAAACUUCUUCCCCAAGUGAACCCAUUUCUAAAACACCAGGUUCUACAACUGGACAACGAGUCGAUUGUUUUGAAUGCUCUGGACGAGCCCAUCCCGCGAUCUGUGUUCGACUACGUCCUGAGAUCGCUGGUGGACGGGCUGUUUGAAACACUGCAGAACAGACAGUACAUACGCAGUAUCAGCCGCGCCGGACACAAACCAAUCUACCCAGAACUGGCCGAACAUCUAAUACCGAUUUUCAGAAAGUUGACCUAUAUUGGUAUGACAGAAUCACAUGAAGACAAAUUGCUAAGGAUGAAAGAUUUCAUAAUAAAACUUCACAGAUCAAGAGCUGGGUCUGCAGAAAACUCUGUGAACGAAGAUAGUCCGCAAGCUGGGACACUGAAUCUACAGAAUUAUGUGACUGUGGGGAAAGUGGUUACUCGUCGCCAUGCCGAUCUCUACAGAUCAAAGGAUCACAUGAAUGAAGGACAGCAGUCGCCCACCAGUCGAAGAAAGAAAAAGGUUCAACAUCCAGAUACCCCUGCAGUUACCAUGAAUGCCGAAUGGAAGAAGAUGUUUGGAUCGGUGGAUGUGGACAAAUCUUUAACCGCUUCACAGAGGUCGAAAAUGACGGCGGAAAAACCCGACUCGAGUCUUGAUAAGAAGAGCCUGAUGUUGUCGGGUCAUUCGUCGGCCAGCAGCAUUGUUAACGUGUCAAGAGAUUCAACCACCACAGGCGACGGCUCCGUGAAAAAGGUGCCAUCACACCAAACACGCUACGCCGUCUGUAAGUGGGAACUACGUAACAUUGUUCACAAACGACGAGAGCAGUACAAGGUGGACAUCCUCACUAAAGACUUGUUGGAGGGUAUUGCGUGGGACAGCCGCCCCCCGCCUGACAACUGGAAACCGCGCGGGCUGCUCGUCGCACACCUGCAAGAACAUCGGUCGGCCGUUAACAGAAUCCAGGUGUGUGACGAUCACAGGUAUUUUGCCACUUGCUCUAACGAUGGCACGGUCAAACUGUGGGAGUGCUCAAAGUUGGAAGGGAAGAGUGUGGCCAAUCGCUCCAAGCACACACUCAACAAACAAGGAGGACGUAUCAAGUGUUUGACUUUCUGUGAAAGUUCCCAGUCAGUGGCGUCGGCAUCAGACAACGCUACCAUCCAUGUGUACAGAAUUGAUGCCGAUCGCCUGAGUCCAGUAGAGAUCAUGGAUGUUGACAAACAGAAAUAUGGUCAUGUUGUCGACAUCACACAUUUUGAUGCAGGGUCUCAGUCGGUUCUGACGUAUGCGACAGUGAACGGUUACCUCAUGGGCUGGGACCUUAGAUCCAACUCCAUGGCCUGGCAACUCAAAAACGACGCACGGACAGGGCUGAUAACAAGUUUUGCGGUGCACCACACGCAAUGUUGGCUGGCCAUCGGAACCAGUAGUGGCUGCCAGGUGUGCUGGGACAUGCGCUUCCAGCUGCCAAUCAAUACCAUAACACACCCCACUGGUGCUAGAGUUCGGCGACUAAUCAUGCACCCUAAAGACCUGCCGUGGAUCGUGUCCGCCCUGCAGUGGAACAACGAGGUGUCCAUGUGGGAUGUGGAGACGGGCGCCAGACAGAAGUCUCUGUGGGCGAGCACGGAGCCACCACUCUCACAGUCCCAGACUAACGGACAUGCGGUACAUGGAAUGCACAUAGCCGCGACGGACACGAAGAUUUUCCUGUUAACGGGCGGCUCGGACAUGAGAUGUAGGUUCUGGGACCUGACCAACCCCGCCAACUCGUUCAUCAUGAGUAACGCGGCCACAGACCCAACUAACAUUUCAUUCUCUUACAGGUCUCAACUCAUUGAUGGUACGGAGGUGAUACAGGAAGUGUGUACGAAGAAACAGAUUAGCACGGAGGACAUUCCACGGCGAGUUCCGGAGGCGCCAUCUUCUGGCCAUCACGAUAUCAUCAGUGACGUCAGUAUAUGUCAGGCGUCACAAUGUCUCGUCAUAACGGCGUCAAGAGACGGUGUUGUCAAAGUGUGGAAGUGAUGUUAGUCUUAAAUUAAAGGACAAUCUUCUGGCCAUCAUGACAUUAUUGGGCUCAGUUGACCUUUUUUUUUCAAUUAGACAAAAAAAAACAAGGUAUUAUUUGGGAGACAUCAGUGACAUCAGUGUAUGUCUCGUCAUAACAACAUCACGAGACGGUGUCAUCAAAGUGUGAUGUUAGUCUUCACUUAAAGAUCAAUCUUCUGGCCAUCACGACAUUACUGGGCUCAGUCUGCCUUUGUUUUUAAAUUAGACAAAAAAAACCAAGGAAUUAUUUGUGAUGUCAGUAUAUGUCGGGUGUCACAAUGUCUCCUCAUAACGGCAUCAUGAGACGGUGUCAUCAAAGUGUGAUGUUAGUCUUCACUUAAAGACCAAUCUUCUGGCCAUCACGACAUUACUGGGCUCAGUCUGCCUUUGUUUUUAAAUUAGACAAAAAAAACCAAGGAAUUAUUUGUGAUGUCAGUAUAUGUCGGGUGUCAUAAUAUCUCGUCAUAACGGCAUCACGAGACGGUGUCGUCAAAGUGUGGAAAUGAUGUUAGUCUUAACUUACAGGCCAAUCUUCUGACCAUCACAACAUUAUCAGUGACGUCAGUGUAUGUCAGGCUUCACAAUGUCUCGUCAUAACGACAUUACAAGAUGUUGUCGUCAAUGUCGUCAAAGUGUGGAAGUGAUGUUAGUCGUAAAUGAAAGGACAAUCUUCUGGCCAUCACGACAUUACUGGCCUCAGUCUACCUUUUUUUUUAAUUAGACAAAAAAAAAAGAGCAUUAUUUUGGAGACACAUUAUCAGUGACGUCAGUAUAUGUUGAGCGUUGCAGUGUCACGUCAUAAUGGCGUCAAGAGACGGUGUCGUCAAAGUGGAAGUGAUGUUGAGUCUUGAUGUAAAGGAAAGCAAAGGAAGGAAGGAAAUGUUUUAUUUAACGAUGCACUCAACACAUUUUAUUUACGGUUGUAUGGCAUCGGUUAACGUAAAGGCUUCUGAAAAUUGAAAAUUUAUGUAACCCAUUUACGAGUUUUUGUGUGACCUGUUAUGACUGCGUAAAUGAUGUCCAAGUGAAUUACUAUACCAAAAUUUUACGUGGUCGGAGUGUACCUUAAGCCGAAAGUAAAUACCUCACAUUAUGACAUCAAAGCACUGAAAAACUUGCACAUGGAAAAAUCUCUCAUACAUGUACAUCGACUCUUUUUUUCUUUCUUUUUUCCAGCGCGCUAAAUACCCGGUCUCAGAAUUGCUUGUCUGGAAAAUGUCCUAUGUAUAUGCAUUGUAUCGAUAAACUCGCCCUCGGAAACAUGCGCAGUCACAUUAAUUGAAACCGGGACUUGGGCCCCAGAUCAUUAUUGUUUCAAAUUAAUAAAUAGUUUGGCACUGAAAAAGUGUAUAAAAUGUGUUUCUUGCACACCCUUUUGAGUGAACACUGCAAGAUUUAUCACAAGGUCAUAUCUAACAUAUGUUGGAGAUAUUAUUGGCUGCUCCAAGGUCUUGACCUACAUAUAUGUGUCAAAUCCAAACAGAUUUGUGAAAUGAACAAUACUAAAACUAAUUUAUGCUAAUGACGUGUUAAGUCUGCAAGUUCAAAAACCGUAACUGAAUUAGGAAAUAAAUUUUAAUUUUAAAAUUGUUUUUAAUCUAGUUUUAUUUCACUAAAUCAACUUGUGAUGUGUGACUCAACAUGUGACCACAUUUGUGACUUGUGAUUUGACUUCUGACUUAAUGGUUCAUGACUUACAAACUCACAAGUUCAGUAAAUAACUAUGUGACUUAUCCUCGGGACUUUUGUUUUGACUUCUUAAUUUAGAACAAGUGAACUAAUGUGCAUGUAUUUUAAGGAAAAAAUAUGUUGACUUGUGGGGCAUUUCAUACAAAUAUUAUAUUGUAUUAGUUAUAUACAGCAAAAUGUGUUGCACUUUGUCCAUUCCAAUUGGAGUUGGUGCUGGAUAGUACAAACAAUGAAUAAUGGAUUAAUCUAAGUGUACCAUCAUUCAACCAUGUAUAUUUGUAUGUUAAAUUAUUGUUUUUGAACAUAAACAUGAUGAU